CAUCAUCUGACAAGAAAUCAAGAAAAGUUCCAUCUCUCAUACUCUCCAUUUUCACGAAAUCCAUCUUCUCUAAACCAAGAAUUUUAGUAGUAUACGUGAAUCAAUCUCUUGGACCAUCAAGAAAUAUAGCAGGGCAUUCAUUGAUCGAUCAUCAAAAUCUUGAAAAGCUAUCUAUCUGAGGCAAAUGGAUCUUGGAUGCUUCGACAUGGGUUGUAUCGAAACGGAAAGAAAAGAUGCUUCCCCUGAGAAAGAGAGUAGCAGUAGUAGUACUAGUUCAAGUGAUUCUGUGAUGGCUACUUCUAAGAUCGGAAAGCAAAAUAAAGCAGUUAAAGAAUCUGGACAGUCCAAUUGGAAUGUCUUAAACAAAUGUACAUCACAGAUUAGAAAGCCGCCUCAUCGGAGAACUUCACCUCUAAACUGGUUCCCUCGGAAGAAGGUGGACUCAUACUUGAAAAGGAAAAUAAAAUUGCUGCAGGAAGUAGAUGGAAUGAAUUUAACUCUGGAUGAGACUUUGGGUGAUUCAAAUCCUCAUUACUCAAGAGUACUAAGAGAAAAAAUUGCAGUAAAGGAGGCUGCAAGUAAGGCAAUUGAGGCUCGAAAGGCUGCAAUGGUUGAAGCAUCUUGGUGCAGAAUACUUAAAGCAGCAAGGAUAGACUGUAAAGGUGCAGAAGUUCACAUGUUCGAAGCAGAAAAAACUGCAGCAGAGGCAUUUGAAGCUGCAACUGCCCUUGGUGUAACCAUGUAUGACAUAAAAGAUUGCCCUCAAAAGCGUUGCAAAAUUGAGACAACAGCUGCUAAAGGAGGAGAUUCGUCUACUCAUACUGUUUCAGCAUCUUUUGAAACUCCAUUUGAGGUGGAUAAACAAGUAGCUUGUGCAGUAAAGGCAGCAUUAACCAAGCUUGCAAAUUGUCCUUCCAUAAAGAAGGAUGACUUCAGAGAACUCCUACGUAAAAUCAGUCAGAAUCCAGAUUCUGAUCAAAACUUCCAGGACUUCUCGGAGUUCUCUUCUGAAUGUGAAUCAGAUACUGGAUCAGAUUUUGAGAAAGAAAUUUCUGGAGUGAUGCAAAAGGAAUACAAGGAAAGUCAAGUGUCUCAAAAGUUUAAUAUGACUAAACUUGAGGAAAUGAUGCUGGAAAGGCUUGAAGGUUUGCAAGAAGAUGAGCUUGCUUCACUUGCGACUAUAGUAGCAACUUGUGGUCUGAAUGCUGCUCUUGCUGAAGUAGAAGGUUAUAAGAAGCAUAAUUUAGACAGUGCUGCUGCUAAUCAUUACUCACGUCUUCAUGCUUGUAGCAGAUUGUCCAUUUCUGGAGCAGGAUCAGUAAGCAAAUCUAACAUUGAGGAUCAGUUGAAGAAAAAGAUGUCUGAAACAGAAUUUCCAAGCCUGGACAAGUUUCUGGUGAAGCGACUUACAAGACUUGAAAAGGAGGUGCUAGAAGCAAAAAAUGCUAGGAUGAAAGAAGCUAACAAUUUGAGUGAGCAGAAGCUAGACAAUAAGCCUGAUGAUGAUAGGUUAUUAUGCUCACUUGAUUACACAAGUUCAGACCAUAACAACCCAGACUCUGGAAGUAAUCUUCAGAGGACUUCUCCAAUGAUUGAACUGGAAAUUGAACAGGCCAUGAAGAAAUCAGGGGAAAUGUUUAAAGAGGAUCACAAGAAUGUUGGUAAAGAUACCAGUGUGUCUGACUUGGGUACUAUUCUAGUGAAGCAUUCUUCUAAGCUUCAGAAGGAGAUUGAAGAGGCGAGGAGAAAUGAAAAAUGUUCCAAAAUGAAUACCAAAAAAGUGGACAGAUUCUGUCCUGCAAAGCAAGAUAUUACAGAAUUGCCCAGUCUAGACAAGUUUCUGGUAAAACAUGUAUCUAGACUGGAAAAGGAGGUCCAGGAAGCAAAGAGCAGAAGAAAUUUUGAGCCACUUGAAGGUGGCAAGGUUGCUGAGAGCAGAAAGGCUAGAUCUUUGACUUCUUCUGGAGUCCCAGAAGAAACUUUAUCAUUAUCGGCAAGAGACGAUGCUCCUGAGGGGACCGAAAGCAUUGACUUGAACAAGAAUGUCCUUGGAGAGGAUAAGCAACCAUCCUUGAAGGCAGCACAAGAGUUGUCACAUGAAGGUGAAUAUAAUGGAUUGAAAGAAGCAGGAAAUUGUCAUCACAAGAUCCUUGCUACACCAGAUAAUGUUGGUCAAAUGGGCGAUACAGUGGAAGAAGUAUCAUCGAGAAGUCACCGCUAUAUCCAGAAACAAGAUUUGAGAAAUGGAGGAAAUGGUACAACAGACUUUGAAAGUUUGGAUAAGGUUUUAGUGAAGCAUGUGUCAAGGUUGGAAAGAGAGAAAAUGGAGUUUAAGGCCAAGGAAAAAGAAGCAACGAAGGUUAAGAGGAAGGACUCCAAGAAAGGGUUAAAUGAGGGGGGUGGUCAAGAGGGCAGCUUGGAUCAGGUUCUGGUUAUACACAGGUCCAGACUUGAAAGAGAAAAGAUGGCAGCUGCUCAGCAAUCAGAGGAAGAAGCAGCAAUGAGUGUUCUGAGGAAGGACACCAAGAAAGAGUUAGACAAGUAUGGUGGCCAGGAAAGCAGCUUGGAUCAGGUUUUGGUUAAACACAAGUCUAGAUUUGAAAGAGAAAUGAUGGUGGCAGCUGCUCAGCAAUCAGAGGAUCACAUUAGGCAUUCAGUUGCUCACAGAGAGGCAAGGCAGAAAGAGCUACAAGAAGCAUGGGGAGGCAUGAGCCUUGAAAAUUCUAUGCGUCCUCAUCUCUCUAGGCUUCAAAGGGACAAGGCUGCUUGGCUUAAAGCUGAAGAAGAGGAAAGGAGAAGAGCUGUGGAGACAUCCUGAUCCCCUAUAAUUUGCUUUGGCCUGUUUAGAAUCUCAUCUUUGGCAUCCUAUUCUGCUGUCAAUCUCAUCUUUUCUAGCUCAGAAAUGUUCAUUGAUCCUUCUGCUUCUCACGUCAUCUCUUCAACUUUUCUAUGGAGAUAAAGCCUGUGUAGCUGCUCUUUCCCCUGGGCUAGGUUGGAAAAUCAGGCUUUAUAUCUCAAGGGAAUUUUUUUGUUGGAUAUUUCUACUAGAUGUAAUUGUAGAAAAAAUGUAUAAAAGCAUUGUCUUUCUUUUUUAUUGAUUAAGUUGAGCAAAAAGUGCUACUAUUAGGUUU